AUGGCAAGGAGCGCCUGGAAAACGUGCGCUCUUGCAGCCGUCUUGAUUCAGGCUACCACCAAUGCUAUCUCCAUCACCUCUCCUCCGAAGGCUCUUCUACCACGAGCAACGGGAACCUCACCCCUCGCAUCAGCAUGUGCGAAAGCGUCCAGUGCUUCGAGUCAAUAUUUGGUUGACCAGCCUGAAGCUACGCGGGUAUAUGUGCCCGCCGAGCUCGCCUACGACUGCAUGAGAUCUGUCCCGAACUACCAAGAACCUGCAAUGCGCCUCCUGAACUCUCUGCAGACGUAUCUGGAGUUUCAGAGUGACAAAGCGUAUCUGCUGAACCCCCCACCCGGCUACCUGUAUCCUGCCUUGGAUUUUGAUGGAGAGUUUUACACUAUAAAGAAAAAGGUGGAGGCGGGAGGGUAUGAGAGCGAAUAUGACUUUCAGGUCGACCUCACGGCUUUUUUGACGACGGCGCGUGAUGGACACCUGUCGUGGAAUGAUGAUCUUACGGUGCUCGAUGAUGCAGGCAAUACGGUUCCCGUAACCGGAUACGCGCCUUCGCCAGUCACCAGCAUAGACGGUGUUGACGUCGUGACCUUUCUGUUGACCCAAUCCAUGGUGGGGAGUUUUCAGGACCCAGAUGCCCUAUGGAACGUCCUGUUUCCCUCGUUAACCCAAUCGUGGGCUCCCGCAUUCCAGGACCCCGUGUACUACCCAGGGCCUUCAACAAACAUAACGUUCGCAAAUGGGACUACUUUUACAUAUCCGAACCUUGCUAUCGUCAAUGCGGAUCUGGAUGGCAUCCAAACGGGAGAGGACGCCUUCUCCUCGUUCUGUUCCGGUGCUUUCGAGACGGAGACCUUAGCUGAGACGGCCACUACAACGACUGCCAGCAGUGCAGUUUCCACCACCUCACAGGCACCUGCAACAACGCAAGCCCCCCCAAGCUCACCGACCAUUCCAGGCUAUCCAUAUCCAGUAAUAAAGCACAGCGAUGGCUCGGUUGCCGGGUAUUAUUUGAAUGAUACUGGCCUUACCGAUGUGGCUGUCCUUCAAAUCCAAGGAUUUGAGUCGCAAAGCGAUGAUUCGCUAAGUUAUGAGAGGGAGUUUCAGUCCGUGGUAGAAAAGUUUCUCGAUGCCGCGGUCAAGACCGGAAAGAGGAAGUUAGUGAUCGAUCUUCAGGGCAAUGGAGGUGGCUUCAUCGACCUUGGGACCGACACCUUUGCCCAACUCUUUCCAUCCAUCGCACCUAACUCGAAGUCGAACAUGCGAGACCAUCUUGGUUUCUGGAUCCUGGGCAAUGCUGCGUCGGCCAUGGCCGAGGCCGCUGAAAAAGACUCCGACAUCGCUGACCUGUUGGAAGAUUUGAAUGACUUCUCCCCAAUGGCGUUUCAGUCUGUCGUCAGUUACCAGUUUUACGAUUUCCCUGAUUUUGAGACAUUCUAUGGCCCCUACCCAGCGAACGCCGGCAACUUCUCUGCCUUCUUCCAGAACAACUACACGGAUCCAAGUUCUUCAGACUUUGCAGGGAACGGUAUCAUCAUCACAGGAACGAAUAACCGUACCGGAUUCCGACAACCCUUUGCGGCACAGGAUAUCAUUGUGCUCACUGACGGCUAUUGUGCAAGCACUUGCACCGUGUUCUCAGAAUAUCUGAAAAGUUUCGCCGGUGUGCAAUUUAUUACAGUGGGUGGGCGCCCACAAACAGGCCCAAUGCAAGCGAUUGGCGGUGUAAAAGGCAGUCAGAUCUUUGAAUUUGACAAUGUAGCAGGGAUCUGGGUCGAUCUCUUCAACAGUCCCAACAACACAUACUUGAGUCUGGCAAACGGCACAAUCUGGGAGAACUUCACCUACGAGCCGGUGCUACGAGAAAUCGGCCAGUCCGGUGGUGGAGUAAAUGGACGCAACCAUUUCCGGAUGGGCGACGAAACCGAAACGCCGCUUCAAUUUGUGUACGAAGCAGCUGACUGUCGCAUCUGGUAUACGAGAGAAAUGAUGUAUGACCCGACCUUCACCUGGUCACGAGUGGCCACUAUCGCUUUUCAAGAGCGAACAGGAACGCAGUUCAACUCGAAAUAUUGUGUCGCAAACAGCACAGGACAUCCGACCAGCAUCUCGGGAGGGUGGAAGGCCCCUGGACUGGGGCCGCAAGACCCGCCGGCGAACGCGAGAGCGACGGUCAACGGUUGGCAGCUGCAAGGCAAACCCCUUCAAGCACUGCCCCCGGGCAAUUCUGCACCGAACUCGAAACAGACAGGGACCAACUCACCUCCAAGUUCAACGAAAGCGUCAAAGCCCACUUCGACGCCGGGCAAAGGGUCGGCCGUCGUCUUCUCAGAUGACGCCGUGGCUGACAGCAUUGAUGUCGGUGGCACCAAUAUUAACGUCGACAGCGCUGAAUUGACCUCGAUUAAGCAAGCAUGUUCCUCCUACACGGGGAAAAAGUGGCUGAUAGAGGCGAUUUGUGAGGCAUUGAACGGAUCGAAAUGA